CAGUCGGUUAAUCUAACUAAAUGCUGAUGUGCGCAAAAAACAUAACUGUUUAUUAUUUUUAUUAAUAUUUAUACUGUUUACUUGCUGAAUUUUAGUGAAUACUCGCGUCGCAAUCACAACAUGACCAUUAAUUCCCCCAAAAUCGUUCUAUUUAUAGUGCUAUUACGAGUCAGGUACAUGUCCUCUCCUAGUGAUAUAUAGUAACCAGCCAGCCGUCCACUAGACACACCUGAAUUAUAAAUUGACAUCAAAGGCACGAAGAGCAAUCAGAGGCACACGUUUUCCGAAUGUAUGCUUAAUUAGGUGUGGAUGUCUUAUGUGACGAAAUGUCACACUAGCUUCACAUCCGAGGUCAACUGACGUGAGACGAUGAGUUUCCAAUACUGUUUACAAGCACAGCUCAUCUGACAACUCUCAGAAGGACCCAACUGUGCAGUUAGGACGAGCAUCUAAAGAAUGACGAGAAGUAAGAGUCUACGAGCGCCAUGAAGCGACGGAAAGGCAAGAAAGCCCAAGAACGCGAGGCUGCGCUCACCCCCGGGCGCGUACAAGUCUUUGUACGGAUUCGUCCUUGUAACGUAAAGGAUGUCAGGGGGGACACAGGCAAGGGCGCGGUGCUGCCCGCCAUACCUGAUAGAAAUAAGGUCAAGGUAGUUGAGGGUAAGACCGAACGCAUUUUCGAGUUUGACCAAGUCUUGGCUCAGGAAGCGUCGAACGAUGAGGUAUACCGCGUGGUUGGAAAGCCGCUCGUGGAGGCAUGCCUGACCGGUAUGACCGGGAUUCUGAUGGCUUAUGGGCAGACUGGGGCGGGUAAAACUUACACUCUGAUGGCACCGCGUGGCAUCACGGGUAGUGUGGUCAACACAGUGUUCUCAAUAGUGGAUAGGGACCAAAGUCACUCAUACACGGUUACGUGUUCAUAUCUGCAAAUCUACCAGGAACGAAUCUACGACUUGUUGAGCGCGGGAAAUCUGCGCGAAGUUUUCUUAAGGGAACAUCCAAAGAAAGGCAUCUUCGUAGAACGCCUGUCUGAGUUCAACGUCAAAUGCCCCGAGGAAAUCUCCACUUUGCUACACACCGGAAGGAAGAGACUUGCGAUCGCGGAGACGAAAAUGAACAGGCACUCUAACAGGUCCCAUGCUAUUUGUCAGAUCAAAGUUGAACGGUUGAAUCUCCCGAAAAGCCAUGGAGUGUAUGACGACGCGUACCUGGCCUCGAGCGAGUCGGACCUACCGGGUCUUGUUUACGAUCGCGUUAUCUGUAACCCUGGCAGCACUAGUAGCACGAGCCGCGAGAGCAUCGCGCAGACCUCGGACGUCACGAUGGCAUACUUUGAUUGCGACGAAGACGAUGAUGUGUUCACCAGAGUCACUAAUCUGACCCGUGGAGCUUCCAUAGUACGAGGGCGACUCUAUAUCUGUGACUUAGCAGGCAGUGAGAGAGUGAAGAAGACCAAGGCGAAGGGCGAGCGUCUACACGAGGCUCAGAGCAUCAAUUCGUCACUCCUGGAACUUGGUAAUGUGAUCCACGCCCUAGCAGAGGGGAGCAGGAAGCACAUCCCGUUCAGGAAUUCCGUGCUGACGCGAUUUCUACAGGAGGGUUUGUCGGGUAACUCCAGGACAAGUCUCAUUGUUUGCGUAUCGCCCUCCUAUUCAGAUGUCAAUGAAACUCUGUGCAGCCUUAAAUUCGGGCUACGCGCCAUGAAAGUGGAGUGCACUGCGCAGGUCAACAUAGAGAUUGACUACGAAAAAAUGGCCCGCCAACUCGCGGAGACGCUAGAGACCAAAGAGUGCGAGUGGCGGCGGCUGAGGGCAGACUAUGAAGACUACAUUCGCUCACUGCAGCUGGACAGACACUUGGCAAACACGGUCCUUCCGCAGGUUUGUCCAGGUGACCAGAAUCCUGUCGAGCCAUGGCACAGUACCGUUUCCAGCCAAGUCCAGGAAGCGUUGAAAAACCAGACAAAAGCUCUGCUGCUUAUUGAGCUUAUUUCCAUGGAGCUCUACUACGGCAUGGAGGACCUCUUACGGGACGGGGGAGGAGGGGGUGGGCUAGAACAAGAGGUACCCGCGGACAAGCUCUACUCUCUCACUGAUAGAGACCUUUUACUACACAGCGCCGAGACUCUAUUAGAGUUGACAGAGUACUUUUUCUCCAAAAGUACAUUUCUCAGCGGAGAAAAAUCUGAAGUAAAUAACGGAAACGGAGCAACAGGUGGGUCCGGAAGUUUGCCGUCCGCGUCUUGCCGCGUGUUACCGGACCCGAGCUACACAGGCAAGCUGCUGCGCGUGCGAGGGACUCUGGAAAGGAUAAAGGACAUGACUGACAGCGCGGCGAUAAAAUUCCUUUCGAACGUACUGAAUACGGACUCCGAGGAAACAUGCAAAGGGAUAGAGAGUCAUAAGCGGCAGCUGUACGAGCAAUUGAGGGAUUUCGCAGACUCGUUUGCCAAGAAACAAGUGUCAUCUGCACAUGCGCAGGACCUAGCGGAAGUGCUGAGCCUGGAGCAGACCCUGUGUCACGUGCUCAUGGACAAAGCGCUCGUCAACUGCAUCCUGCUGCUAGACAAGGCUGAGAUGGAACGGCGCAUGCGCAAGAUAGAGAAUGCCAAAUACGAUUACUCCAACCCUGGUCUCGAUCCAGUCCUAUUAAAGUACCGCAAAAAAUCCGAAGAUGGUUCUCAGCGUCUGAUAUCAGUUGACGAGGGUGUCGUGCUAGAAGGAUCCGAGAGCACCAACAGUCGCGAGAAACUCAGUAGCACGCCAUUAGAGAGCUCCAGUCUGGCGGAGAUGGAGGCGGAGAAUCGCACGCUAUGCGAGAACAACGCGCGCAUGAGGAGAAAGCUAGAGGACGCUGACAAGCACAACGAACUGCUGGCGCAUAGACUGGAGGAAGUGCAAGGAAAACUGAGUCGCACUCAAAGCAGUUUAAGGGAUAUAAUGGACUCAAGCGCAAUCGCGCAGAGAGAUCUUAAGGCUAAAAUGAACGAGUUUGAGUUUGAGAGGGACGAGUUAUCGCUGAAGCUGCAAGAAUACGAGGAUGCACCUGACUUGAAAAAGGCUAACCACAGGAUCAGGCAGCAAGAAUUACGGAUAAACGAGCUGCUCGCGGAGAAUGCGAGGCUCGUGUCAGAGUCUGGUGCGCUCAGGGCGAAGUUUACCAGUGACAUCGAAAAAAUGAGAGCAGAGGAAACCCAGAUUCGUGAGGAUUUGUGCAAAAAGUUGAACGAUAAACUUUCCCUAGCACAGGAAUAUAGCGAAGCGCUUGGUCAAAAGAUACUGGAUUUGGAGUCCAAGCUUCGCAUGGCAGAGCAAUGCAUACAGGAGCAAAAUAAGGUAGAUGGAGGGCAAAGGGAGGACUAUGUAGAAGAAAUUAAAAGUCUUAAAAUGAAACUCUCGAUUUCGGAAGCCAAAAACUCAUCGUUCUGUCAAAACGUGCGUGAAUUCGAGAAGAAGCUUUCUGACGUUGGCAAAUUGCUGGCGAUUAAGAAAGCAAACGAGGCCAGGUCGCAAUCUAGAAUAAAGGAACUCGAACUGGAGUGUGAACAACUUCGACAACAGAACUCUACGGUAGAGCGGCAUGAGAUUUUGCCAAACAACUCGCGGGAAAAUGACUCAUCUUCGAGUGACUCGUUCAAAGAUGCUGUGGUUGACUUAGAAACUCAGCUUAUUGCAAAAGACCAGGAGAUACUAAAAUUAAAAAAUGAAGUGGUUGACCUUAUGAGCGAGGUGGGUAAACUCGAUGGCGAGUAUAACGAACUCUCUUGCAAAAGAACUCAACUCGAAAAAGAGUUGUCCGAUUACCGGGUCGCCAAAGACGAAGUCGAAGGAGAACUGCAGCAUAUUCUUAAGGAGUGCUCGCAGCUGAAGAAAGACAGCGCGGUAUACAUGGAGGAAAACAAGAAGCUCAAGGACAAAAUGGAUGUGCAUUCUAGGAUAAUCCGAGAUUCGGCAAACGCGGUGUUAUCAGAACGAGCCGCGAUAGAGCGCGACUUAGCACGCGUCCGCAAACGCGAACAAGACCUGGAGAGCAUUGUAUCAAACUCAAACGUACGCAACAAAAGAUUAGAACUAGACAUUGAGAAACGUGAGGUCGUUAUUACUAAACUUCAAGCGGACCUAGACCAACUGCUACAGGAGAAAACAAGACUCGAAUCUACCAUUCACGAGCUUGCGGGCAUAAGUGUGGACACAACAGAAGAAAACGACACGCUGCAGAAAGAUCUGAGUAAAUUAGAGAGAAACCUGAGCACCCUUCGCGAUAGCCUGACGCUGAGCUUGCAAGAGAAGGCCCAGCUUGCAGAGGAAAUGGCGCUUAUGUCGGCCGAGGCAGACAGCCUGAGGAACUACGCGUCCCUUUGCUCUGAGGAAGUGCGGAGUAUGCAAGCGCAGGUCGACCUGUACAAACGGAGCGAGGAGAUGCUGCAGGCCCGAGUGGGCGAGCUCGAGACGAGCAUGUCUGAAGUCACCGGCGAGUACUCGCACAUGCAGUCCGAGCUGAACUCUAUCGAGGAGGAGAGACAAGGGCUGGAAAAGCGUAUUCAGGAGGCGAGUCGGGCUAUCGAUAGAGUCAAGAUGGAGCUACUCACACUAAUGAACACGGUGAUAGCGCUACAGAAAGAGCUGCUGUGCAUCGUGGAUAGCAUCCUCUCCUGCCUUGGCUUGGACUCGCAUCAGUUGCAAGGCACAAGGCUUCGCUUCGUCUCUAGUGACUCGGGCUAUACGUCUAACUUGACCGAGACCUGUAGCGAGCGAAGCAGCGAGUCGAGUGACGCGAACAUUAACCCCAUCGUGACGUCAUCUUACCUUGUGCCGGACCAAGAAUGCCUCGUUAAUCCCUCGGAGAUAAGCGUGAUCCGCGAAAACAAGUCGGAGAUCUUCCGAAUGCACGAGGAGCUUAAGAUAAAGCUUAUGAUCAUCAAGGAAGCUGUUGAUAGGGGAAAAGUCGCGCAGACUUCCGGGCCAGGGAUUAGUGAGAGGGAACUUUCGGAUGAAGGUUUCGAUUCGGUAAAAGACUUUCCGUAUUUAAAUCAAGCAGAGCGGUCGCGACUUACGCGUCUACUGGGCGCUCUGAGAGAACAAGAGGCAAAUCGCAGUCGCAACGGCGAGCGAGACGAAGAGGUAUAUGAUUUAUACUCCAGGUUAGAAGGCAAACUAUCCGGCCUCUCCUCACAACUCGCGUCUAAGGAAAUCGAGAUCUGCAAACUCUUGAAAGAGAAGAUUACCCUGCACGACCAGUUGAUGAAAAGCAAGUAUGGCACAACGCUGUGUGAACACUGCCUGAAUGACCCCGAAACUCGAGGCGAGUCCGCGGAGCUACUAAGAGCCAACCUUCUAACCUACAUGGAGGAGACCGCCCAGCUAGAGGCAGACAUCAUCGACUUCUCGCAGUACAAGGCGAAACUCGAGAAGGAACUCAACUCGGUCCGCGAGCAGAUUAGCGCACUGGAGGAUGAACUGGGCGGGGAGAGGCUUGGUGACGUUUCGGAUGGGAUCCCUGUGGUCACCAUUACACCUGACAGCGAUCUUCCAGACUCCAAUACGCUUGCGCGUAGGGGCUCAGACUCGUCCGUGACUGCCUCCACCGUCAGCUGUUCAGAGUGUUACCAUGACAACCAGGAUUCCCGGAAAAUACGCCCACAAAAACACGUGACCUUCUCACAGAUGGAUACCCCGCUCCAGGCCACUCAACUACCCGAGAAGGAUGACAAGAAAGUUGAAGGGAGCCCAGAGGCGGUAGUAGCUAAGGGUUUUCAGCCUAAAGUAAAGACGAGUACACUUGAUGAUGAAGUGAACAGUGAUGAUAUCGACUUGUGCCAGCUGCUAGAAGCAAUCCCUCGAGAAUUACCCAGAAAUGCCACGGAAAUAAAUAAGGAAUUAAAGGAGCAAAUCAAUAGACUCUCGGAGUACGAUAACGUAGAUGAUUCGGAUAAAAUUGCAGUCGUCGAGAGACAGCGCAAAGGACAAGACAAUCCUAACAACACGGCGAGCCCAAACCGAGUAGAAAUCGACAGGCGAGCACCACGAGACGUGCGCAGACGAUCUGAGCCAGACUGUAGAAUGUGUGGGCUUGUGAGAAAGAAAAGAAGGGACAGCGGAGACGAGCCGUACAGAAAAGGUUACCGAUAACGCGCCGAGUGAAUAUCGAUUGACGGAAGCGACGUAGCGAUCUCUUGAGUGUGGGCUUCUUAAUAUAAUAUGUGAAACAGUAAGAGGACGGGUCAGAAAGGACAGGCUGUCGAUGAAUCGGCGAAGUGACACCGAGUAAUUCUCGACCAAGCAUUGUAGUGGUCCACAGGAGUUCUGGUCUCGUUUAAACGACCAAGAGUUAAAUUUAAGAUAUUUAAUAUACUAACAUUAUAAUUUAUGAAUUCUUAGAAUGCGACGAAUGAUCGAGGGAACAAAUAAGAUACAACGGUGGCUCCUUUUAAUAUUGAAAAUAUAAAUAUUAAAAAUCACUUUUGAUACUUCCCAAGUAAAGUAAUAUAUAAUGUGAGGCAGUUUUUCAAGUCCAUCAUCUGAAUAUUUGUACAUACAUCAAAUAUAAUAGUUCGAAGGGAGCAGAGUGAGGGCGUAGGCUCGAUAAACAAAGAUUGAACUGAAACCACAGGCAGCCCGACCGACCUCGUGAUCAAAUGCCCUUGUACAAAUAAACAAUUAUCAAUAAAUUGUUUGGGUCGUUCAAA